AAUCCAGCCUAAUAUUGGUCGGAGCUCUCGGAGCUCAGUUAGAUAUUCGACCCGUGUCAGAUAUACGACGGUGAAGCCACAAAACACAACCAGUGCCGCUAAGAUACCAAGCUAUGUCAAGACCCCAGCUCGCUCUGCCUCUGCUGCCGCACCCAGCACGAACGGUAGUAGGAGUUCGGCAGUCGACAACUCUGCACCUAUUCCUUCAAGUGUGCUCGAAGCCGAGAUAGAGGAGAUCGAGCGUGCUACUGCUCCUACGACCCCAACUGCCGACGCUGCUGUCGUCUGGAGUGAUGGCGCUCCCGCCGACAUGGGUCCCCUCCCAGAGCCUGGCGAUGGACGUCCCACCGAUUGGUCUCGGAGCUACCACGGGUUAUCCUCCCAGCCAUUUCCCAAGGACAUUGCGGAGAUUCUCAUGGCACCGCUCGAUCCGGAAGAUGUUGAGAUAAAGCCUGACGGUCUCAUUUAUCUCCCUGAGAUCAAAUACCGCCGCAUCCUGAACAAGGCAUUUGGUCCUGGAGGAUGGGGUUUGGCACCGCGAGGGGAGACGAAUGUGAGCCCGAAAGUAGUGAGCAGGGAGUAUGCACUCGUUUGCCUCGGGAGGUUGGUGGGCAUCGCUCGUGGAGAGCAGGAGUACUUUGAUCCCUCUGGAAUUGCUACUGCUACAGAGGCAUGCAAGAGCAAUGCGCUCAUGCGUUGCUGCAAGGAUUUAGGCAUUGCCAGCGAGCUUUGGGACCCACGCUUCAUUCGCGAGUUCAAAGCAAAGCACUGCUCUGAAGUGUUUGCAACGCAUGUGGUUACGCAACGAAAGAAAAAGCUUUGGAGGCGCAAAGGCGACAAGCUCGAGUAUCCCUACAAGGAGUAAUCUAUUGUCUCGGGACAUUCAUGUAGCUGUAGAAUUACAAACUUCCAUUAUUGUC